AAGUGAAUUAAUGGACAUUGAAUUUAUUGAUCCUGAUCUAAAUAUUAAAGAAGAACCCGAUGAAAAGACAAAUCCGAAGGCUAAAAAGUCAACAGACAUCUCAAGUGAGAUGAUAAACCAACUUUGCGAACUAGAAAUGCCAUCUUCGAUUAGUAACGAAACAACAAAUACUGAGGCGGACCUGCUGAAUCCUUUUAGUGAACUAAACUGCCAUAAAAUAAAAAUAACAUUUUGGAGAAACUUGAAUUAAAGAAUGAUGUAACCAAUUUGCCCAAAAUUGCAGGUAAUAGAAGGCGUAUAUAUGUAUAUACGAGCACUUAUUAAAUCUUUCAUA